AUGCUAAAAUUUCAUCAUGAUGAUGAGGAGGAGGAGGAUUAUUUACACAGACGAAUAGUGAAAAAUUUUCUUUCUAUGAGAAACAAAGCUAAUAUACCAUUCACAAUCAUGAACAAUUGUAUUUGGUCUAUUACAAUGUGUACAAUUUUAUUCGUUAUGAUGUAUAACUUUGGCAUAAUGAAUGCUAAUCCAGCAAAUAAUCCUAAAACCGUGACAACUGCACCUCAUAAAGCUCCAGCACCCACUGUUGCCAAACCUGCACAAGCUGCUCCCACCAAUGCUCCAGCAACCACUGUUAAUAAAUAUCCGGCCCCCCCUACCUUUAUAGGAAUUACUGAACCUUCUUCACCGACAGCUGCAAAUUCAACCCGUGUCUUAAAAACUACUACUGUGAAACCACAUGAUGAACGUGGUGUACUAGCUGCAGCAGCUGCUCCGUAAGUGAAUCAAUGCGUUAUUCUCUUAAUGAAGACAUUUAAUUUACAUCAAUUUCGUUCAUUCAUACUUUCAUAUCGUUGCAUUCACAUUCUAAAUGAAUCAUUGCAGCAUCGUAUUCGGACUAAUUGGUAUUCAAUGAUGCUGAAGAUAGGAAUAAUCAAUUCAGUUGUAUUUAUAAUUCAUGUCUCAUGUGAAAUUGUAUGUCAACAAUGACAAUCCUUAUUUAAAAAACUUCACUUCAAUAUUUACGAUGAUAAUUUUGAAUUGAGAACUAGAUCAGACAAAAGUCAUCACCCGACGACCUCAUGAGAAUAGAUCUAUUGAAAUAAAUAAUGAUUAUAACAAACAUGAAAUGAAUGUGAAUAAAAGUGAUUUGCAACAAUACCAUUUGAAAGUUAAAAAUUUAUUCGGUAAUUCAUCAAUAACAUCUUGUUUUUCGGCUUUGUUUGCAACAACAUUAAUUAUAAAAGCACAUUGUUGUGAUGUGAUUAGACUUAUUUACUGCGACUGGACAAAAAUACAUUCUUAUCGGAGGAAUGUUAUAAUAUCUGUCAAAAUGUCAUCAUAGUUUUUAAUUUUCUUGAAAAUUCCAGGUAUGGUUAGAUUGAUUUUCAUGGAACAAAAGUAAAAAAACAUAAUGGUUGAUAAACUAUGUCGACAUUAGUCAUUACAAUAAUAGUGUUUCACAAUGAAUCAACCUACUAGAAAUCACUAUAUACUUGUCAAUAUUGAUUUAAUUAUAACUGAAUUCAAUACAAGAAUUAAACUACCAAUGCAAUCAUCAUCAUCGUCAUCAUUAACACACACUGUACACAAACUUAGUAGCAUUGAAUUCUUGAUAAAAUACAACUAGGAAUGAGAUAUGAAUUAAAAUAAAAAUCAGAAAAAAAAAUUGAUGAGUGAAAAUUAUUUAUAUUUAAAUAUUUAUAUAUUUUAUUCAAAUAGAGAAGCGAUUGGUUGGGUUUUAAAUUACAUAGCCAGCUAAGUGCAAGGCUUUGCAAAACUGGAACUAAACAAAGUUGAUAAGCAAAGAGAUCAAUGUUUAUUUUUUUUAACUGGUUAACUGAAACACAGAAAUUGAAAUGAAAUAAAAAUUCAUAUUUUUAAAAAUUUAUAACUGACGUUUUGUUUACUGUCAAAUAAACGUAAUUGAAUUGAUCUAUUA